UACCGACCCGUUUAGUUUCGUAGUUCGUAUUAUGUCCACACUUAAGUCCUAAAGUCGCGCUUUGAAAGAAAGGAGUAGUGAACAGCUUUAAAUAUACGAUUAAAUAAUAGUAACAAGAUUCAGUUUAAAAAAACAUUACAUUUAUAUUUUAUAUAAAAUAUAUUAGUUGAUAAUAUUUAUACAAACAUAAAUGAAAAACUCUAAAUAGUUUGAAAGUUUCUAAUUUGUGUUAAAAAACUGUUCUUUUUUGGUUAAAAAAUUAUUAAUGGCGAAUUAAAAAAAAAAAAAUUGUAUCGGCAGAUAAUUGGGAAUAUUUCGAUGCGUGCGCAUCAUUGAGGUUAUGUGAGACUCGUGACGUUUGCACAGUAUUCGUACGCGUUCUUUACUAUUUAAUUAUCGCUUUAUUUGGUGUAGUUUGACAUCAUAAUGAAUUUUAUUUUCUAAUUGAAUGAUCCUUAAAAAGUUAGUGUCAAUAAUCAAUUAGAAAAUCGAUAGAUUUAAUAAAAUUUUUAUUUUUUUUUGCCAAUUCACGAGAAGAAUAUUUGCACGAAAGGAUCAUCCAUUAUCUCUAAACGAAUUUUGCUCAACACAUUUUGACAAAUAAAUUGACUGCGUACUUGUAGAACGGAUGACAAGAUAAUUGUACUUGAUUCAUCAUGUCUAUUCGUCGGAGAACUGAUCCUUUUAUAGUUCAACGUAUAUGGGAUGCCAUCAAAAUAACAGUGCAUCAAAGAAGUUUACCCAGCAAUGAACGCAUGGUACGACACUUGUCACGUGUUUAUGGAAUUACUGAACAACAAGCUCAAGAAGAAUUGAACAAAGCUGUCGAAGAUAAACUUGUUAUCUUAAAAAAAGUUCCAUCGAAGACAGGAAUAGAACAAGAAAGUUACAGAUUACCAAUAGAACCACCAGAAAAAACUGAUCACGAUUGGUAUUGCUAUAAAUGUCAAAAAGCUGGCUUGGUAGAAUGCUGCCAAAAAUGUUAUAGAGUAUAUCAUUCAAAUUGUCAUGUGCCUACAAAUCCAAAAGUAAAAAUGUGCGAUUUUUGUGAGAAAUUAGAAACUGACACAUAUUCAGACAAAUCUGAUCUCAAUCAUAUACUUACUUUCACGUGUGGUCAUUUAAAAGCAAAGUUACCACUAGAAAUAACAAAUCGUACUAUAGUGUUUAAUAACGAUCUCAUUGAUAUGCCAACAAGUAACUUUUCUGGACCUACUUGGAUAAGUGAAGGUGAAGAUGCAUGGCGUCCUGGUUUUCUUAUCAAAAAUCAUAUGGAUUUGGCUAUUAUGGAUUCUAAAAUAAACAAAAAAGAGUACAAAAAUUUAACAGAGUUUCAAGCAGAUGCACACAAUAUUCUUCAUAAUAUUCUGUUAUAUCAUGGAGCUCACAGUAUAAUUGGAGAAAUGGGCAACACAAUGUAUCAAGAUUGCUGUUACGAUCUUCAAGAAAUUCGUCGGUGUGCAGACUGUUACCGAAUAUCAAAUGAGAAAUCGGAGAAAAUGUGGUUCUGUAUACCAUGCAACCCACCGCAUGAACUUGUUUAUGCUAAACAAAAAGGAUAUCCUUACUGGCCAGCUAAAGUUAUGCAAAUUAAUGGCAAUGUCUACGAUGUUCGAUUCUUUGGAGGACAUCACAUGCGGGCUAACAUAGAGAAAGUUUUUAUUCGGCCAAUUAGUGUCAGCUUACUAUCUUUACAGAUAAAGAGAUCGACAGCGUGGAACAGAGCAUUCGAAGAAUUGAAACAUCAUCAACACUUACUACAAAUGUCCGGGAAGGUUGUAGAAGAAAUAGAUAUGAGUGACUAUGAAGGACCCAAAGCUGCUAAAAUUGGACGCACAGACACAGGAAGUUUGAAAGAAACUUCUCUCAAAAGUAAUCUAUCUAAACCGAUUAUAAAAGAUUUAAGAGUUAAAGUUGAACGUCUAAGUACUGAUGGUCAUGCAGACUUAAUGGCGUCUCGAGAGACAACGGGAAAUAAAUCUCCAAAAAGUAAAGCUGGAAGCGAAGAAAGAACGGUACCACGUUUAGCAGUGGCAGAGGAUGAACCCACAAGAGAAAUAUCCAGUACGUGUCCACAAGGUUUAAAAAAGGAAGGAUCCCAAGAAGAUAUGGUAACAUCUAGUUCUCAAGAACCAAGAUCCAAAUGUGUUCUCGUGCAAACGGAACAAAUUCAAACAGAAGUUAUACCAGCGAAGAUUAAAAGGGAACGUAGGACAUCCGAACAACCUAUAACAACAGCAUUAGAAAAACUACGAAGAGAAUUGGAACUCGAUAAAUGCAGAGAGAUGGAGAGACUUCAAGCAGAACACGCUAAAGAGUUGAGACAACUAACUGAUAGACAUCAACAGAUUAUAUCCGAAAUUAAAAAGAAACAAUGGUGUUAUAAUUGUGAAGCAGAAGCAAUAUAUCAUUGCUGUUGGAAUACAGCUUAUUGUAGUACAGAUUGUCAACAAGUUCAUUGGCAACGUGAACACAAAAGAGUUUGUCGGCGUAAACGCUAAUUAAUUAUAAGAAACGCAUCAAUAUCAGGUUAUUACAUCGGAUUUGUUUACAUCACACUGUAGAUGUCGCUGAUGUUCUUUGAGUAUUUAAACAAAAAACGUAAGAAAGCGGGAAAGACAGAUAACUCUUAAAUGAUAAUAGAAUAUUGUUUAAAGAAGAAUCAAUAAUAUUUAUAAAUAA